AUGAAUCAGAUGAUGGGCGACAAGGAGAACCCAAGAAGGCCAAUGGGUAAUAAUGGUAAGAAGAAGAAGAAAAAGAGGGGCGGUGCGAAGAGGAAAAUGACCCUUGAGCAGACGGUGGCGUACAAGGCGGUGAGUGAGUGGAUUUUCUUGGACCAGACGAGUAGCAAUUGUAACUCACUGAGUUUUGGUGACCCGUUUCUUGAUGAUUUUGGGGUGAAAUGGUAUCAGCCAAAGGAGAAGCUUGUGUUCGAAUUUCACUGUCACACCACAUGCAGUGAUGGGUUUUUGUCCCCUACUAAGCUUGUUGAGAGAGCCCAUCAAAAAGGGGUGAAAGUCUUGGCUUUGACGGAUCAUGAUACGAUGUCUGGCAUCCCUGAAGCCAUAGAAGCAGCUCGAAAAUUCGGCAUCAAAAUAAUUCCUGGGGUUGAAAUAAGCACAAUUUAUUACUCAAGAGGGGACUCAGGUACACAAGAACCCGUUCACAUCCUGGCGUAUUACAGUAGUUGUGGGCCAGCAAGACCCGCGGUUUUAGAGAAGUUUUUAGGGGAUAUUCGGGAUGGACGGUUCUUAAGAGCAAAGAACAUUGUUUCAAAGCUGAACAAGCUUAAGCUGCCUGUUAAAUGGGAAAAUGUAGUGAAAAUUGCAGGAAAAGGUGCUGCUCCUGGAAGGCUCCAUAUCGCCCGUGCCAUGCUCGAGGCUGGACACGUCGAAAAUCUAAAACAAGCUUUCUCGAGAUAUCUUCAUGAUGGCGGACCCGCUUACUCCACAGGAAGUGAGCCCAUGGCAGAGGAAACUGUGAAAUUAAUACUUGAGACAGGAGGUGUUGCAAUAUUAGCACAUCCAUGGGCUUUGAAGAACCCUGCCGUUAUAAUCAGAAAACUGAAGGACGCUGGCCUACACGGUUUAGAGGUCUACAGAAGUGACGGCAAGCUAUCAGUGUAUAGUGAUUUAGCGGAUGCACACGAUCUUUUGAAGCUUGGAGGAUCAGAUUAUCAUGGAAAAGGGGGACAACAAGAGUCCGAUGUGGGGACCACGAGCCUUCCCCUCUUGAUGGUGCAUGAGUUCCUUAAGGUGGCUCGGCCCAUUUGGUGUAGCGCCAUAAGAGACAUCCUAGAAAGCUACAUCCAAGAUCCUUCCGAAUCAAAUUUCCAACAUAUUGUUAAAUUCGGAAAGACUAAAGCUUCCAAGAGUAGUUUGCCUUUCAGCAGCGAGAGUGAGUUGAUCAACCAUUGUUUGUCAUCAUGGCUUUCGAAUGAAGAGAGAGAAAGUGCGGAUUUUGUGACGAUCAAAUUGGAGCUCGACCAAUUGGCGGCUGCCUGUUUACAGUUAGAGGCCCAUGAAGAGGAGAAUAGGCUCCGGAGUACGCUCCUGAUAUGUCUCUACUAUCAGGUUCAGGAUUUAGCUAUUUCAAGAAUGGGAUUCGAGUUGCCAGAUCCAAAUAAGCUGUUCAUAGCUAUGCAUAAUCUUUCUUUAUCAAAGAGCAAUAAUGUCGGGAAAAUUAAGGGGACAUACACAACCUGGAGCCUUUUCAGGGUUGAUGUCAUCCUCCUACACUUCUGCCACUGGAUUAGCAUUCAUAUCCACAGUGAUGGAGUGUGGAAUUUGCUGAAGAAGCGCCUCCGACCAGUAGAGCGUUAG